UUUCGUCCUCGCUCUCCUACAUUACCAACUGUAGUAUCCCUUCUGCCGGCUGGGCAGCACACGCGAAUUUAGAGACAUCUAGAAAGGAAAGCGGGCCGGAGGCCCCUCUCUCGAACCCACUGCGCGGAGAUCUCACUUUUCUUUCGCGCGCGCUGAGUAACACACGUAUUUUUGAGUGAAAAAUAGUGAAAUGGGUAAAAAAUCGAAAAGAUCUCGUGAGAGAGACGAAUUGUUGGAAAAGCUUUUAAGUAAAGUGCAAAAGUUAGAAGAAAAGUUAGAUAAAAGUGAUUCGGAAAACAAAUCUCCAAAUAUUCAGAAGAAAACGACAAAUCCCUCAGACACUGCACAAGACGAGAUUGUGCUUGAUUCCGAGGAAAAUUCUACGUCAACGGCUGAAGAAACCCAGGAGGUUGAACCAGACGAGGAUUGGUUAAAAUUUUUGGGGGAGGACCCGACUUCGAGUCAAGCCGAAGAGCUAAAGAUUAAUCCCGAUCUAUUGAAAAGAUGGGUUUUCUUCUGCCAAGAAGGCAUGAAGAAGGAAGAUCUUGAGUCCUUGUUAGGAAAUUAUGCUGGCGUCAAGGAGCUUGAAGCUCCCAAGUUGAAUCCGCAGAUUGCGGCAACUAUGAAAGACAUUGCAAUCUCAAGAGACAAACACAUGAUGGAGAUCCAAACUCUGGCGGCUGCAGUCCUAUCUAUUUUGGGCUCAGCAAUUACCGAUAUUUAUGACGGAAGUGGAGACUUCGAUGUAGAGAAACUCCUCACCCGUAUUCGUGAUGCUGGCAAGAUUACUACUGUAAUCUUUAAUAAACAGUCUGUUACAAGGAAGGCUUUCAUUGAACCUGGUUUGUCAAAAGAGACCAAGGCGGUUUUAAAGGAAACAAAGUCAGAGGAAUUUUUGUAUGGCAAAGAGUUGUCAGAAAAAAUAAAAGAAGCCAAGGCCCUAAGUAAAAUGAGUGAUACUCUCAAGAUCCCUCAACCAAAGGCAAGGACCUCCACCCCAGUUCAACAGUUAAACUCCAGACUCCCGUUUGCCAAGCGUCCGACAGGUCAGACGGGAUCUACUCCUUUCAACGGACGUCAGAAACCAAGGGUCUUUUUAAAAAACAGACAACAAUUUGUGAAUCACAGGGCUCAGGUGCAUCAGCCGCCGAAAAUGCCAAACAAGUCGGAAAAGAGCAACUAAAUAACGUAAGGGGAGGUAGAUUAACCUUUUUCUAUGAAAAUUGGAGGGGGAUUACUGAUGACAAGUUUGUUUUAUCUUGCAUUUCGGGCUAUAAAAUACCAAUUAAACAAGAGUUAAUUGAAAGCAGAUUUAGACCGAGUCUAUACUCUGGGACAGAUAUUGAGGGUAUAAGAUUUUGUAUAGAAGAUCUAUUGAGCAAAAGGGCAAUCAGAAAAUGUACUAAAACGGAAGGCCAGUUUCUGUCCCCUUAUUUUUUAAUUAAAAAACCUGAUGGUUCGAAUAGAUUCAUUUUGAAUUUGAAAUUAUUGAACAAAUUUAUUAUUAAACAACAUUUUAAACUUGAAGACUUACGUACAGCGGUCGAAUUAAUCCUUCCUAAUUACUACUUGGCAUCAUUGGACUUACAAGAUGCCUAUUAUUUAAUUUCAAUUCAUGAAGAAAGCAGAAAAUAUCUACGUUUCAGGUUCGAAAAUGAGCUGUAUGAGUUUAUUGUGUUGCCUUUCGGGUUGUGCACAGCUCCUUUUGUAUUCACAAAGAUUAUGAAAGUUAUUGUAAGAAAAUUAAGAAAUGAUGGCUUGUCGUCAGUAAUCUACCUAGAUGACAUUUUAUGCAUUGAAAAGUCAUUGCAGGAGUGUCAAAAGAAUGUUGAACAAACUAUACGCCUUUUGGAACGGUUGGGUUUCUUGAUUAAUUAUAAAAAAUCGAGUCUGACGCCCUGUAAUAGAUGUAAAUUUUUAGGUUUUAUAAUAGAUACCAAGAAGUAUGCAAUCGAGUUACCUGGGGAAAAAAGAAAAAAGAUUUAUGAUCUCUUAGAGAUAUUUUUAAAAUUAGGAAAAUGCUCUAUUAGGGAAUUUGCUCAAUUAAUUGGGAGGUUAAUUGCUUGCUGUCCUGCGAUUGAAUAUGGCUGGUUAUACACCAAAGCUCUAGAAAAAGAGAAAAAUUUACAGCUCAUUUUUAAUGAUAAUUCCUUUGACAAAGCUAUGUUCAUUAAAGAUUCUAUUAAGCAAGAGUUAUUAUGGUGGAAAAAGAACAUUAAUAAUAGCAUCCAUUAUAUUAAGGAUGGAUUCUUCACCAUGUCUAUAUAUACUGACGCCUCCAAGACCGGAUGGGGAGCGUGCAAUAAUGACAGAAAAAUUUAUGGGUUUUGGUCUAAAGAUGAACAAAAAAUGCAUAUAAACUUUUUGGAAUUAUUAACUGUUAAAAUCGCUUUAAAAGCAUUAGCUUCAAAUCUUGAAAAUUGCAAAAUUUUAUUACGGAUAGACAAUACAACAGCCAUUUCUUAUAUUAAUAAGAUGGGCGGCACUAAAUUUCACAAAUACAAUAAACUAGCUCGUGAAAUUUGGCAAUGGGCUGAAGCUAAAAAGCUGAUACUCAUUGCAUCUUACAUUCCUUCAAAGGAAAACGUAAUUGCUGAUGGUCUAUCGAGAAUCAUAAAUAUUGAUACUGAGUGGGAAUUAAAUAUUUCUUAUUAUGAACAAGUAAUUCGGGUAUUCGGUAAACCAGAGAUUGACUUAUUUGCAUCCGCAUCGAAUGCUAAAUGUAAAAAAUUUGUUUCAUGGAAACCUGAGAACUCUGCCCUUUAUGUUGACGCUUUUACUAUAAACUGGUCAACAUUCUAUUUCUAUGCUUUUCCCCCUUUUUCUUUGAUUUUAAAAGCAUUGGCAAAGAUAAGACGGGAAAAGGCGUAUGGUAUUAUAGUUGUUCCGCUAUGGAAAAAUCAACCUUGGUUCCCACUGUUAGAAAAACUCACAGAUGGCAAGCCGUUAAUAUUCGAUUCUAAUCCAGAACUACUUCUUUCUCCAUGCAGGAAGAGGAUACACCCAAGAGCGGAACACCUCAGUUUAAUUGUGUGCAAGGUAUCCGGAAAGCUUUUUUAAUGAAAAAAGUUCCGUUGCAAGCUUUGGAUAUUAUGCUGGCUUCGUUAUCCAAAGCCACAUUAAAACAAUACGGUUCUGCUCUGAAACAAUGGGCUGACUUUUGUGCAAGAAUCAAGAGAGAAUUUUUGGAUAUAGACGUAAAUUUAGUCUUAGAAUUUUUAUCUGAAAGAUUUAAGGCUGGAGCGUCCUAUGGCACUCUCAACUCAUAUCGAAGUGCAAUUUCACUACUUUCAAAAAAGAAAAUUGGUGAGAACCCUAUAAUCUCUAGAUUCAUGAAGGGUGUAUACAAACUGAGGCCGACACAAGCCAAAUAUGCAUCAACAUGGGAUGUCUCGCUUGUUCUAAAUUUUUUAGAAAAUUUAGAAUUAUUGAGUUUAGAAAAUUUAACGUAUAAGACUAUAAUGUUGUUAGCAUUAAGUACCGCUCAGAGAGCUCAAACAUUAGCUAAGAUUAAGAUUAACCUCAUAAAUGAGACGUUAGAUGGGAUCGAAAUUAAGAUUCCUGAUAUUGUGAAGACUUCUGGUCCAGGGCGUGAGCAACCCUACUUAAUCAUUCCAAAGUUUACUGAUAAGCCACUUUUAUGCGUUGCAUCUACACUCAAACUAUAUUUAGAUAAAACGAAGUUAUUAAGAAAACAAGAGAACCUUUUGUUCAUUUCUUUCAAAAAACCACAUGCAGCCGUAAGCACUACUACAAUUAGUAGAUGGGUGAAGAAAUGUCUCUUAUUAAGUGGAAUUGACACUACAAACUUUUCGGCUCACUCAACCCGUCAUGCUUCAACGUCAAAAGCUGCCGAAAAAGGUAUUGACUUUGAUGUCAUUCGUAAAGCUGCAGGUUGGUCAAAAGGUUCUCAAACUUUUGCAAGAUUUUAUAAACGACCAGUAAACGUCGAUAGAUUUAGUUUCGCCAGAUCUGUUUUUGAAUAAAUAAAUUAGUUAUUUAAAUAACACUGUAAUGUACUCUUAAUAUUUUAAUUCUCUGAACAA